AUGUCGAAAAUCGGCGUCCUUUCCCUACUUGCGCUGGGCUUUCUUGCUAGUAUUGCAACUAUCAUCCGCCUUGUAUAUUUCGCUUCCAACACUAGCACCAAGGACUACCUAGACAAUGCUGCCACUCUAGGCAUGUGGACGUUUGUAGAAUUGGGCAUUGGCAUAGUAGGCAGCUCUGUCGCUACUCUUAAACCCCUGCUUCGCAAGUUACUAUCUAGCAGUCGUUUAUCACAUGCUAGACAACCGAGUAUUAUAUGUGGUUCGGCUCAGUCGUACCAGCUAGACGACUCUACGCAUAGCUAUAAGUCUGCACGUAUUCUAGCACUUAAGCAAGAAGAGGCAGAAUACUAA